AGUUGUCCCCAUUCUAGGCUGGUGCUGCGUAUCGCCACAGACGACUCCAACUCGGUGUGUCCCCUGAGUGUGAAGUUUGGGGCCACCCUCAAGGGCUGCCGGGGUCUGCUGCAGCGGGCCAAGGAGCUCAGCCUGGACGUCAUAGGGGUCAGCUUCCACGUGGGCAGCAUGUGCAGGGACCCCGCGACGUACACCCAGGCCAUCUCCGACGCCCGCUGUGUGUUCGAUAUGGCCGAGGAGUUUGGCUACAAGAUGAGCCUGCUGGACAUUGGUGGAGGGUUCCCCGGCUCUGAGGAUGUCAAACUCAAAUUUGAAGAGGUAAUUUUCACCUUUGACCUGUCUGUCUUGUUUUUGUUCUAAUGCUCUUUUUCCAAG